AUGGCUGACGUACUACCAAUCAGAAAUAUCACUCCUAACAUGAAAAAUUGGUGUUGUCUUGUAACUAUUCAAGAAAAGCAACAAGUUACUGAUUCAAUGGGGACACCAACCAAGAAACAAAAAAUGAUCUUCUAUGACUCGGAGGGUUCUAGAGUAGAAGGCAUCAUUUUCAAUGCUGACAUUCCGAAGAUGAGCCCUAUUCUUCAAGUUUACAAAAAGUACAGGAUCUCAAAUGCUGAUGUCAGAAAUAUUCCAGAAAAAUUUCAGACAUCUGGCUUGACUAUGCAAUGGGUGAUAACUGCUAGGACUGUUAUUGAAGAAGUUAGCAGAGAAGAGGACAUCAUGCCUGUUAAAUUUUCCUUCACAGAGUUUGCAGAUUUAGCUCAAUAUAUGGAUGACAAAAGCAAAUCUGUGGAUGUUCUCGGAGUUGUAAUUAGUUCGUUGGACAAGAAAACGAUAAGUAAGAGCACCAAACAGUCAUGUGUUCAAAAAUUUGUCCUCCUUAAUGAAGAGUCUCAAACAGUGAUGCUAUCUUUGUGGGAUAACUUCUUGAACAAUGAAGGACAGAUUUUAUUGAAUAACAUUCAGACCUAUCCUGUUGUUAUCGGCCGAAGAUUGAAAGUUAACAACUAUAAUGGAGUUUCGCUGUCUACCUGGUUCGAUUCUGCAGUCCUUGUUGACCCGCCCAUACAGGAAGCAAGGGAGUUGAAAAAUUGGACAAUGAGAAAUACUAAGUUAAUUGCGCAGCUCAUUGAAACAAAGGCUUACAUUAAAUACAAUCCUGAGCUCUUUCUGAAAGCUGACCAGAAGACUACUUUAAUUUGUAAUGUUUCUCUGUCGCAGAAGACUGCACUGGUCAAGGCAAAUAUCUCUUUUGAAGACAUUUUUCAGAAAUAUUGGUAUAUGAGCUGUGGAAAAUGUAACCGUGCUACUGCAGCAGACUAUGGCAUUGAGUUUACCUGCAAUUCAUGCAAAGAAAAGAGCCCUGCUGUGCCCAGAUGCCGGUUCGACAUUGAUUUAAGUGAUGGCAGUGGAGUUAUACCAGCCUCCAUCUUUGGAGACCUGGCAGAGAAACUUCUCACAUUCACCGCACUUGAAGCAAUGGAUCAUUUUAACCAGAAUCGCGAACUUCCUCUUGAGUUUGUUCACAGUAGCCUGAAAACAAAGACAUUUCUGCUUCAUAUUAAACCAGUCCAAGCUCAAUUAGCGGAUGCUAGGCAGCGUUAUACCGUUUUGCAUUAUUCUGAACUUGGACAAGAGAUUGAUUCUGCUCAGUUAAUUGGCCAACCAGAUGCUUUGCCUAUCUCAGCUGAACACAGAGUUCAGACUGCUCAGCUGCUGACUCCAGGGGAGAGUAGCUCUGGUUCAAAGACUCGCCUCCGCCUUGCUGAUAAGUUUGAUGAAGCAGAAACUACUGCCAUUGAUGACUUUGCAACUGCUACUGACAAUUGCAGCAAAAGGACAAAAUUAGGCUGA